AUGAAUCUCCUUUUUUCUCUUAUACUUUUUGCUUCAUUGGGCUACGAGGCUGUCGCUACCCCAAUUCAACAUAGACCUACUGAAGAUGGUCACAAGAAAAGAUCUUUCCGGGUUGAACGCAUUAAGCACAACGACUAUGUCCGCAAUUCGCCUGGUGCUUUGAAUAAAGCAUACAACAAGUUCGGCAUUACAGCUGGUCACAUGGAAGGUCAAGAUCGUUAUGACUUCCUGCCAUUCCUUACUGCUACGAGCAGCAAGAGCGCCUCAAAAACCACCAAUUGUGCCUCUUCCGCCAGCGCAAGCUCAAGUGCAGACAUGGGUGAGGAGGGAACUGUUAGUGCGACGUCAGUGGAGGGAGGUUCGGAGUAUGUUUCGCCUGUCCUCAUUGGGGGCCAGAACAUCACCAUGGAUUUCGAUACUGGAUCAGCAGAUAUGUGGGUGAUGAACUCCGAGUUACCAUCCUCUAUGACAAAGGGGCACACCAUCUACGACCCCUCAAAAUCCAGCACCUUCAAGAACAUGACCGGUGAAUUCAAAAUUUCCUACGGAGACUCAUCAUCCGCGUACGGCUCUUUAGCCAAAGACACAGUCAGCAUUGGUGGAGCAGUAGUCAAGGAUCAAGUCUUCGGUCUCCCGACCAAAGUAUCCAGUUCAUUCGUCUCAGACACCAACUCCAACGGCCUAGUCGGACUCAGCUUUUCCUCAAUCAACAGCUUUGACCCAGGGCCCCAGAAGACCUUUUUCGAUAACGUCGCCCCAGACCUCGAACUACCGGUUUUCACCUCUCUCCUGGGCAGCGAAGGCGGCUUGUACGAAUUCGGCACUAUAGACCAUAGUCUAUACAGUGGUACUCUGGCUAAUAUCAGUGUCGACUCUUCGAACGGGUUCUGGCAAUUCAAAACGACAGGGUAUGGCGUGAACUCUAAUGGAAAACCCACGGUCUCAAUCAACAAUACCGCUAUCUGUGAUACUGGUACUACAUUGAUGUUGGUUAGUCCAGCUAUUGUAACGGAUUAUUAUUCGAGAGUCAAUGGUUCCAGCUAUUCGAAUAGUGUUGGUGCCUAUAUCUACCCCUGUGAUACGGAUUUGCCAGAUUUGACAAUUCAAAUUGACAAUGGUAUCAUGAACGCCACUAUAGCGGGAUCAGAGUUGGCUUAUGAAGAGGUGGGGACUAAUACAAACACAGGAAAAGCUAUGUGCUAUGGCGGUUUACAGUCGAGUGGAGAAUCAAGCUUUCAGAUCUUUGGUGAUAUCUUCCUAAAGGCGUUUUAUGUGGUCUUUGACCAGCGUGGCCCGUCAUUGGGAAUCGCAUAUCCUGCUUCAUGA